AUGUCUGUUGAGUACAACGGGACCAUCGCCACCGGCGGUGACUCCCUCCACGAUAACCUUAACAUCUACUACAAUGCCGGCGAUAUCUCUUGGAUAAUCACAUCAUCAGCUCUUGUGCUGCUCAUGAUUCCAGGUGUUGGUUUCUUCUACUCGGGUCUAGCCCGCCGGAAGUCCGCUCUCUCUCUCAUAUGGCUUUCGAUCAUGUCCGUCGGUGUCGUGUCGUUCCAAUGGUUCUUCUGGGGCUAUUCGCUAGCUUUCUCCCACACUGCCGGAAAGUUUAUCGGUGAUCUCUCAAACUUUGGCAUGAAGGAUGUUCUGGCCCAACCAUCUGUCGGAGGUACCGCCGUUCCAGAUAUUCUAUUCGCUAUCUUCCAGGGCAUGUUCGCUUGUAUUACGGUUGCUCUCGCCGUCGGUGCCGUCGCUGAGCGUGGUCGUAUGCUCCCUUGCAUUGUCUUCAUGUUCAUUUGGUCGACUAUCAUCUACGACCCCAUUGCGUGCUGGACAUGGAACCCCUCCGGCUGGGUUUACCAACUCGGUGGAUUGGACUUCGCCGGUGGUACUCCGGUUCACAUCGCGUCGGGUUCUGCUGCUUUGGCAUAUUCCCUGAUGCUGGGUAAGCGCCGUGGCCAUGGCACUCAUGAGCUCAACUACCGCCCUCACAACGUCACGCACGUCGUUAUCGGCACUGUCUUCCUUUGGGUGGGCUGGUUCGGCUUCAACGCUGGCUCUGCACUGUCUGCCAAUCUUCGUGCUGCUAUGGCAGCUGUUGUCACCAACCUGGCUGCUUCAGUUGGCGGUGUCACCUGGUGUCUGAUGGACUAUCGCCUGGAGCGCAAGUGGUCUACUGUUGGAUUCUGCUCUGGUGUGAUCGCCGGUCUGGUUGCUAUCACUCCCGGAUCUGGAUUCGUCACCCCGUGGGCUGCUGUCAUUUUCGGUGUGGUGGGCGCUAUUGCCUGCAACUAUGCAACCAAGUUGAAGUUCCUGCUCCGUGUAGACGACGCGCUGGACAUCUUCGCUGUCCACGGUAUCGGAGGUAUUGUUGGUAACCUCCUCACUGGUCUCUUCGCUGCCGACUACAUAGCGCAUCUAGACGGUGCCACCGAGAUUGAUGGAGGCUGGAUCAACCACAACUACAUCCAAUUGGGAUACCAGCUUGCGGACUCCGUCUCUGGAAUGGCCUACUCCUUCUUUGGAACCUGCAUCAUCCUGUUUAUCCUGAACCUUAUUCCCGGUAUGAGCCUGCGUGCUCCUGAGGAGGACGAGAUCAUGGGUAUCGAUGACGCUGAAAUUGGCGAGUUUGCCUACGACUACGUCGAGAUCAGACGUGAUGUUAUCAGUGGUAUUGAGAGCAGCGAGACUGGCUCCAAGCGCACCGUUACUCCAACUGGCGAACACGCUAUUGAAACUAAGGUCUAA